GCGGCCCACGCGGUUCUUCCGGCUAGCCGCGAGAGGGCCGCACUCGGCGCUUCGAAGCCAUGGCCGGUCGCAACAACAACAAGCUGCCCAUCAACCUGCCGCAGCUGCAGAACUUGAUCAAGCGGGACCCGGCGUCGUAUAUCGAGGAGUUCCUUCAGCAGUAUCGCCACUACCAGUCCAAUGUGGAGAUAUUCAGGCUGCAGCCAUCUAAGUCCAAUAAAGAAUUGGCUGAACUGGUGAUGUUCUUGGCACAGGUUGGCCACUGCUACCCGAAGCAUCUCACGGACUUCCCUCAGCAGCUGAAGGAGCUGCUCUCGUACAACCACACAGUCUUAGACCCAGAUCUUCGGAUGACUUUUUGCAAAGCUCUCAUCUUGAUGCGAAACAAGAACCUAAUUGAACCCACAAGCUUGUUAGAACUUUUCUUUGAACUCCUCCGUUGCCAUGAUAAAUAUUUACGCAAAACGUUGUAUACCCACAUAGUGACUGAUAUCAAGAACAUCAAUGCGAAGCACAAGAAUAACAAGAUGAACACAACACUGCAGAACUUUAUGUAUACAAUGCUACAAGACAGCAACCCAACUGCAGCCAAGAUGUCGUUGGAUGUGAUGAUUGAACUGUACAGAAGAAACAUCUGGAAUGAUGCUAAAACGGUGAAUGUCAUCACCACCACUUGCUUUUCUAAAGUCACGAAGAUACUCGUUGCUGGCUUGAAAUUUUUCCUUGGGAGAGAUGAAGAUGAAAAAAAAGACAGUGAUUCCGAUUCAGAGGAUGAGGGCCCCACAGCAAGGGACCUGAUGGUGCGAUACUCUACAGGAAGAAAGACCACAAAGAACAAGAAGAAACUAGAGAAAGCUAUGCGUGUCUUAAAGAAACAGAAGAAGAAGAGAAAGCCAGAAGUGUUCAAUUUCUCGGCGAUUCACCUAAUCCAUGACCCCCAAGAUUUUGCAGAGAAACUGUUAAAGCAGCUGGAAUCCUCCAAGGAAAGGUUUGAAGUGAAGAUGAUGCUCAUGGACCUUAUUUCUAGGCUUGUUGGCAUUCAUGAGCUUUUCCUCUUCAACUACUACCCUUUUGUGCAGCGGUUCCUGCAGCCUCACCAGAGAGAAGUUACCAAGAUUCUUCUGUUUGCUGCACAGGCUUCUCAUCAGCUUGUCCCACCCGAGGUUAUCCAGUCGGUGCUGAUGACGAUAGCCAACAACUUUGUCACAGACAAAAACUCCGGGGAAGUGAUGACUGUUGGGAUUAAUGCUAUCAAAGAGAUAUCUGCGAGAUGCCCCCUGGCCAUGACGGAGGACUUGCUUCAUGACCUUGCACAAUACAGAUCCCACAAAAAUAAAAAUGUAAUGAUGUCAGCAAGAACACUGAUACACUUGUUCCGGUCCCUUAAUCCGCAGCUGUUGCAGAAAAAGUUCCGGGGUAAACCGACUGAAGCCAUGUCAGAAGCCAAAAUUCAUGAAUAUGGAGAGCUGGAUGCCAAGGAUUAUAUUCCAGGAGCCGAAGUCCUGGAACUUGAGUCUAAGGAAGAAGAUGGAAAACUUGAUGAAGAUGGUUGGGAGACGGCCAGUUCCGCUGAAGAGGAAGAGGAUGAAGAUGGAGGAUGGGUGGAUGUCCAUCAUUCCUCAGAUGAGGAACAGCAAGAGCUAGCCAAAAAGGUUCAAAGCAUGCCCACGGAGGAGCGGAAGGCCAAAGCGUCAGCCAUCAGCAGCAGCAGGCUCCUUACCCAGGACGACUUCCAGAAAAUACGUCUCGCCCAGCUCAGCAAAGAACUCAAGGCGGCUCCUGGCAAGGCUGCAAAAAGGAAGAACAUUGACAUCAGCAAUGACGAGGAAUCAAGGGGUGAGCUGCUUUCCCUCAGGGUCAUUGAACAUCUUCAUAAGAAGCCCAAGUCAGACAAAGAGACAAGACUGGCUACAGCAAUGGCUGGCAAGACAGACAGAAAAGAAUUCGUGAAAAAGAAGUCCAAAAUGAAUCCAUUUGCCAGCUCUACAAACAAAGAGAAGAAGAAGCAAAAGAAUUUCAUGAUGAUGCGAUACAGCAACAAUGUCCGGUCAAAAAAUAAACGGUCAUUCAGGGAGAAACAGCUGGCUUUACGGGAGGCGCUCUUGAGGCAGAAAAAACGGCUGGUAAAAUAACAGCUGAUAUGACUGAUUUCACAUCUGGAUCUCUAGAAGCCAUCUUAGUCUCUUGGAAAAUAAAAAUUCCCAACGACAGACGCAUGGUGGACAUUUGGACUCUGUUAACUGUGGUGAAAUAUCUCUUAAUUAAAUCUGGUGGGGCACAGGGAGAGAGUGAAAUUGAUCUAAUAUUUCGAAAGACUCUCUACGUUGGCAGAAAAGACAAGAUUUCUCAUUUAAUGUAAUUUAAAUGUAUUCCUAACUAAUGACAGAUAAGAGCUCUGAUACGCGUUCAUGAAUGGACGACGACUUUGGGAAUCCUGUGGGUACAGUAGGAUUAAUUUAAGAACAACCCUGCAUCUUAGCAGUGUAUAAGCUUGCAAAUUUUUAUGUAAGUGGGAGGGGAAUGUAUCUUCUCUUCUGCUGUAUAUUUUAAAUAUUUUCUGUGUUCUUACUAUAUUUAAAAGGUUUUAUUCUGUGCACAUUGCAUUGUCAAAUUAAGUGCAGCCAAUUUACCUUGAUUGAUAACUUUUACAUUGUUACAUGGUGCCUUUAGAUAUCAGUGUGUCCCCAAAUACCACAGUCACCCCCCAUGGACUUCCUGCUGAUUAUUAUUUUAUUUAAGAUAUUUUUCUUUAAAAAAACAAACUUGGAACCUGAUCUUCUGCAAAGUGAAGUGUGAUGCUCACAUACUAUCUUUAUUUGGAUUUAAAAGGCAUAUUGCAGCAAAUUUGAAGGAUAACCCUAGCUAUGAGAGAAAGGGACUUGUGUCUGAUGUCACCAAAAAAGCAGAACAAUAUCUUAAAUAAAAUGAAAAAUAAAGAGGGGCAAGGAGUCUGGUGGGUUUGGGCACACUGUAACCUGUAUGAUAGACAAGGAGUGACUGUAGGGACAAAAUACGGAGAAACAGAAUUGUUUCCUAUGGGCAAAGGCAUCAACCAAGGGUGUUUUCUGCCCUGCUGUCUGUUCUAUCUGUACGCAGAAUAUAUCAUAAUGAAAGUUGAAUUAGGAUCAGAGGAGGAAGGAGUGAAAAUUGGCAGGCGAAAAAACAAUUUAAGAUAUGCGUUGAUGCCAUAUUUCUGGUGGAAAGCAGCCAUGGACCGAAAUGUCUCGUGAUGGAAGUGAAAGGAGAAUGUGCAAAAGCAGGACUUGAGCUGUAUAAGAGGAAAUGAAACACCGUGACUAUUAAGAGGAAAUUACACAACCUUGAGGUCAGCAA